AAUGUUAAGUUUUUGAUUUUAACUUAAAAAGUGAAAAAAUAUAGUGCAAUAUUCUCGAUUUUUUAUAUAAGUAGGUAAAGUGGCUGUGCCAAAAGUGGAUUACUCAAAAGUUAAAUUGAACAUAAACAUUGAUACAUGUUUUAGGAUGGCUCUAGCAAGGCUGCCAGUGGUGAGUGAGUGCUCGCCGCAGCAGACAGCCAGAGUGUCGGUGGCAGCGGGCUCGUCGGGAUCGGUGAACGCGGCCGCUUCAGCUGCCGCGGCCGCGGCGGCCGCCGUCGUGGCCGGUGCACCAAGUAGUAGCACCAUGUCCGUAUCUCGGGUACCUAGCCCGCCUCCUUCGUCCGAGGCGAACACACCCGUGGCGGAGAACUGGUGCUAUACACAAGUGAAAGUUGUUAAGUUCAGUUACAUGUGGACCAUUAAUAAUUUCAGUUUUUGUCGAGAAGAAAUGGGCGAAGUUUUAAAAUCAUCUACAUUCUCCGCCGGAGUAAACGACAAACUGAAAUGGUGUUUGCGAGUGAAUCCUAAAGGCUUAGACGAGGAGAGCAAAGACUAUUUGUCUUUGUAUUUACUACUAGUCUCGUGCAACAAGACUGAGGUUAGAGCGAAAUUCAAAUUUUCAAUUUUAAAUGCCAAACGCGAAGAAACUAAGGCUAUGGAGAGUCAAAGGGCCUACAGAUUCGUUCAAGGAAAGGACUGGGGGUUCAAAAAAUUCAUUAGGCGUGAUUUUCUAUUAGACGAAGCUAAUGGCCUUUUACCUGACGAUAAGCUUACCAUAUUUUGCGAGAUGGCUCGUUUGCAGGUAAGCGUCGUUGCUGACAGUGUCAACAUAUCCGGUCAGUCAAAUUCAGUUCAAUUUAAAGUACCUGAAUGCCGUCUGCCCGACGACCUAGGAAAUUUAUUUGAAAUACAAAAAUUUAGUGAUGUAACGCUUUCGGUUAGUGGGCGAGAAUUCCAAGCACACAAAGCUAUACUUGCUGCAAGAAGUCCCGUGUUCGCCGCCAUGUUUGAGCACGAGAUGGAAGAACGUAAACAAAACCGUGUCGCCAUUACCGACGUAGAUCACGAAGUCCUCAGAGAAAUGCUUCGGUUUAUCUACACCGGUAGGGCAGCGAAUUUAGAGAGAAUGGCGGAUGAUUUGUUAGCAGCUGCCGACAAGUACGCACUAGAGAGGCUGAAAGUCAUGUGCGAAGAAGCGCUGUGUAACAAUUUGUCAAUCGACAACGCGGCUGAUAUAUUAAUAUUGGCCGAUCUACACAGUGCCGACCAACUGAAAGUACAAACAAUCGAGUUUAUUAACACCCAUGCGACCGAUGUGAUGGAUACUACUGGCUGGAAAACCAUGAUACAGUCGCACCCACACCUAAUAGCUGAAGCGUUUCGUGCGCUAGCCACACAGCAAAUACCGCCAAUUGGACCGCCCCGAAAGCGUGUCAAACAAAGCUGAAACGGACCGUCCACAGCGGCGAUGCAGACUUACGAUCUCACCAGCCCACCACCCCCACCCAUCAACUCUUCCAGGGCACACAUUUUGUAAAUUUAUAUAAUUUUUUUUUUAUUAUUCACAAAAUUGUAAGUUUUAAUUUCUUUUUUUUUUGUACAUAAAUAUGUUAUUUCUAAAAAUAAGAAAAUUCCUAAAAUGCAAGUAGCUUGUUUGCUGAUAACGCGUUUGGACAUGUUUGUAUUCUCACAAUAUAUUGUAAAAAAUAAAAAAUAAAAAUCGCUAACGGCAACCGUCGUCGGAAUGGCACAUGUGAUAUGAGUGAUAUUUGCAGCCUAACCUCGUAUAAUUUUUUUUUUUUAAUAUGUUACAUUAUAUUAUACAUUCAUUAUAAUACAAGUACUAUUAUUUUAGUUAGUUCCAUUAUUAUUGUUACUAAUAAUAAUAUAUAGGUUGAAUUGCAUAAAUCUAUAAGAGCACACAAUUUUAAUGGUCCAUUGAAUUGUUUAAUUACUUGUUUUCCAUUUAUCAAAGGGGUUCCUAAAUUGUUUUGAAUCUAUUUUAUGCAACUCAGCCAUUAGAUUUAUAAUAAACAUUAUUUCAUAAUAAUUAGCAUUAAAAAACGAUCAUUGAUGUUAACUAUAUAAACUAGGUCUCGUUAUGAAAUUUUUCGUUGAAACCGAUUAAAAUGGAUUCUUAUAUUGUAAAGUAAACUAUUCGGACAGUUUACUGUUUCCAUUGUACUCGGUUUUUAAUUUCUAACUUAUUCUUUUUUUUCUUUUGUGUGUGUUCAUAAAAUAACAUAAUUUAGAUGUAAAUACUUAAUAAUUUGUAAGACCGUCUGUGAAAAGAGACUGAAGAAAUUUUCUUUGAAUAUAUACCUCAGUUCGUAAAUUAAUCAAUGCGUCCAUUCAGUCGCUUUUAUGAUUAUUCAAACUAUUUGAGGAUACAAUAAUUUUAAUUUACUUAUUUUAUAAUCUAUUUUCUAAAAUAAUGAUAAUUAUUAUUAUUGUAUUACUCUAAGUUUGUUUGGUAUUGUUGUAAUUAGUUGACCAAGUUUCUGUUCCUUGUAAUUGUAAAUAAGAAUUUUUAGUCUCUUUUCUCAGCGUACUCUUUUCUUUUAUUAUAAUUUGUUUUUCCUUGGUCACAGUACAGGAAAACAAUAAACUCAAGCCUUUCCAUGUUUAUUUUCCGAAUUCAUUUUACUCGUGUGAUUCGCUUGUUGUGUGUUUACCUGUUGUAUGAUAUCUACGUCAUUGGAUUACAUAGUUAUGAUAUUGUGAAUAAUUUUAGACUAUAGACUCAAAGUAUUGUUUUUUCGAAAUAAAAACGCUCGUCUUUCAAUCCUA